AUGGAGUACCUCCACAAGCACCGCAUCACACACAGGGACUUGAAACCCAAGAACAUACUGCUCAAGACGUCGAAUAAGGACCGCAGGGGCUACGUUUCCAAGGUGCGUGCACGUGGAUGUACGGACGUACGAAUGUACGGACGCCUGCGUGUCGGCACGGUGACCCACAUGGCUCCGGAGCUGAUCGAGGACGGCAAGGUGUACCAGCAGGGGGACGUGUACGCAUUCGGCAUCAUCAUGUGGGAAAUCUACACCUCCUCAACACCCUACCAGAACAUGGCGCACCCCCAAAUCAUGGUGGGCGUGGUGACUCACAACCUGCGGCCCAAGUUCCCCGCCAACUGCCCCGAGUGGUACCGCAGCCUGGCGAACCGCUGCUGGCGCAAGGACCCCAAGACGCGGCCGCCCUUUGCCGAGGUGACCAAGGCGCUGCUGGCUAUGCUGCCGGACAACAAGGAAUGGAGCCCCCUGGAGUGA